AUGGCUACGAUUUCAAUCGUUCCGAGACGGCCUUUGCUGGCGCUGCCGUUUCUUCUCCCUCCUUGGUAUGCUUCAUUUGGGCCUUCCGAUCAGCUUCGUGAUGGGAUCAUCUUCAACCCUCCGUCUAGCGCUCCAUCUGUUUAUCAUACACCCACCAAAUUUCUUCCUCCAGAUGAUUUGCGCCGAACGCUUCGCCAGGAGACUUCUGAACAGGAGGCAGAGCAGGAUUUCCCUCCGGUUUUCAAGGAAUCUCAAGAAAAGAAAUACCACUUAACUCCAGCGGACAUAGAAGAGAUCCGCAGACUUCGGCUCGGCGAUCCAAUGACAUGGAGUAGGUGGAAAUUAGCCAAGCGUUUCCAGUGCUCCCCAAUUUUUAUUGCUAUGGUUUGUGAGGCUAGUCCGCAGAAACGGGAAAUCCAGAAGCAGGUGCUUCAAGCCGUACAAUCGAGAUGGGGUGUGAAACGAAGGAUGGCACGGGAGGACAGACAACUUCGGAAGGAAGCCUGGGGCACAGACGAGUGA